AUGGAGGACUCUCAACCUUUAGUGAGAUCAGAGGAGAGGGGGCAAAAUAGCCACCACAGAUGGAGCACUCGCAGUCUGGAGUCAAAGGUGGUGGACGACUUCAGACGAAGGCUCAAGUACUUCUUCAUGAACCCCUGUGAGAAAUACAGAGCCAGAGGUCGCAAACCAUGGAAACUGAUGUUGCAGAUAUUCAAAAUUGCCAUCAUCACAAUCCAGUUAGUGUCUUUUGGCCUGAGCAACGAAAUGAUGGUCACCUUCAAAGAUGAAAAUCUGAUGACCUUCAGACAUCUGUUUCUGAAAGGAUACAAAGAUCACCGGCUGGGAAGCUAUGCACUUUACACGAGAGCAGAUGUGUAUGAUCACAUCAACUACAUUAUCAACAGGUACAUCAAUAUCCAAAACCUGACCGUAGGUAAUCUGGUAUACGAGAAGGUUGAUGGCAACUACACUCCUUUGUCUAUCUGUCAAGAGUUUUACAGAAACAGCAGCAUUGAUCCUGGCAAUGAGACCUUUCACAUUGAUCCACAUAUUGAUAAAGAUUGUGUUUCCAUAUAUCCUGUGCAGUCGUUUGACAACAGCAGUUUGGCAACACACUUCAACUUCUCUUUAGAUUUCAAAAGGCUGCUAUCAGUGACCAUCUACCUAACACUGAAAACCAUCAAUCUCCAGACUGUGCGGCACCAUGAGCUACCAGACUGUUAUGACUUCCACAUAAUGAUCGUGUUUGACAACCGUGCACACAGUGGAAAGAUCAAUGUUGAUGUUGAAAAUGAUGUCAGAAUUAACGAAUGCAGAGACUUGAACGUGAAAGACACUUCUGGGAAGAACGAUUAUCUCCUCUUGUGGUUUGACUCAGUGGUCAUCCUUGCCUGUUUCACCUCUCUCAUCCUCUGCACACGAUCUGUCAUCAAUGGCGUCCAACUUCAGUUUGAGUUCAACACAUUCUUCCAUGCGUACUACAAUAAAAUUGUCUCUUGGUCAGACCGCAUGGAGUUUGUGAAUGGCUGGUACAUCCUUAUUAUUGUCAGCGACGCAUUGGCCAUCUCUGGGUCAGCGCUCAAAAUUGGAAUACAAACAAAGUUCCUGACAAACUAUGAUGUCUGUAGUAUCUUGCUGGGAACAGCCACAAUGCUUAUCUGGGUCGGUGUGAUCCGUUACCUUGGUUUCUUCAAGAAAUACAACAUCUUAAUCUUAACCCUGAGAGCAGCUUUCCCAAAUGUGAUCCGAUUCUGCUGUUGUGCAGCCAUGAUCUACCUUGGAUACUGCUUCUGCGGCUGGAUUGUGCUUGGCCCUUACCAUGACAAAUUCCGAACACUGGACAGGGUGACAGAGUGCCUCUUCUCUCUCAUCAACGGUGACGACAUGUAUGCCACCUUCCUGAAGAUGAGAGAUAAGAGCUACAUGGUAUGGUUUUUCAGCAGACUCUACCUCUAUUCCUUCAUCUCCCUCUUCAUCUACAUGGUGCUCAGCCUGUUUAUCGCUCUCAUCACUGACACCUAUGAGACCAUCAAGCAUCACCAGCGAGAAAAGGUGCCAGUGUCCCAGCUUCAGGCCUUCAUAGCAGAGUGCAGGGACCAGCCUGAGUCUGGAAGAUACCAGAAUGAUGAAGAGUCAGCGUCCUGCUGCCUCUCUCCAUGCUGCUGUUUUGGAUGA